ACGCACUUUCCCGGAAAAAAAUUUGUAGCGAGAAAAUAAUGGAAAAGAGAAAAUUCCCCGAUUCCCCUUAUUUAGCUCGGAGAGAGAAAUAAAACAAUUAAAAACUAUUCUAUUUGAGAAAACAAGUGACGACUUUUCCGGUUAUUAUUUUCAUGGUUCCAUUCCCGAAUUUCGUUAGGGUUUCGUAAUUUUGCACUCUUCGGUGCUUUAUCGAUUAAUUUUGCUGGAAAGUUUUCAUCUUUUUUCGGCUUCUGAGUUUGGUUCGUUAAAUCCAGAAUUGAUUGUGGUGUUCCUUGAAGAAGUUUCAGAAAGAGAGGGGGGAGGAAUACGAUGUCUUCUUCUUCUUUUUCUUCUUCUUCCUCAGCUACUGUCGCAGUGGAUAAGGCGACCAGCGAUCUUCUUAUGGGCCCUGAUUGGACCAUGAACAUCGAAAUUUGUGAUUCCAUCAAUUCUAAUCAUUGGCAGCUGAAAGAUGUGGUAAAAGCUGUGAAGAGGAGAUUACAACAUAGGAGCUCUAGAGUUCAAUUACUAGCUCUCACGCUGCUGGAGACAAUGGUAAAGAACUGUGGUGAUUUUGUUCACUUUCAAAUUGCUGAGAGAAACAUACUGGAAGAGAUGAUUAAAAUCAUAAGAAAAAAGGCAGAUAUGCAAGUGAGGGAUAAAAUCUUAAUGCUGCUGGACUCAUGGCAAGAAGCAUUUGGGGGACCAGGUGGUAGUCAUCCUCAGUACUAUUGGGCAUAUGAGGAGUUAAAGCGAUCUGGAGUAGUUUUUCCAAAGAGAUCACCAGAUGCAGCUCCAAUAUUUACUCCUCCUCCUACCCAUCCAAAUAUAAGAAGUAUGCAAGCUGGAUAUGGGAUGUCGAGCAAUUCAUCUAAAACACUGGAUGAAACUAUGGCUACUGAGAUAGAAAGUUUGAGUAUGUCAAGCUUGGAGUCCAUGCGACAUGUUUUGGAUCUUUUGAGUGACAUGUUGCAGGCUGUGAAUCCUAGUGAUCGUGAAGCGGUAAAAGACGAGGUGAUUAUUGAUCUAGUUGAUCGCUGUCGCACAAACCAGAAAAAGUUGAUGCAAAUGCUAACUUCAACUGGGGACGAGGAGCUUCUUGGACGAGGCCUCGAAUUAAAUGAUAGUAUUCAAGGUUUGCUAGCUAGGCAUGAUGCAAUUGCUUCUGGUACUGUGUUUCCAAUUCAAGGAGCAAGUUCCAGCGCUGUGCCAACUGAAGUUCAACCAAGUGUAGAUCAAUCCAAUGUUAACAGCUCCACCCUUGGAGAGGCUUCUUCAACGCUUAAAGCUAGCUCUUCAGCCGUAGUGCUUUCCGAAACCCGGAGCCAGAGUGAUGAAGAGGAAGAAGAUGAAUUUGCACAGCUAGCUCGGAGGCAUUCUAAGGCACAGCCAGUGAUUUCAAAUGAUACCGCAACUGGUUCCAGCCAAAACUCAGUGUCAGUUAACACUACCAGCACAACUCCACAUGUUCCAAAUCCCGCAACUUCAGUUCCAUCCAAUGCAUUAGUUCUUUCCAACCCACCUGCCCCAGUUACUACUGCAAAGGAUCAGGACAUUAUUGACUUACUGAGUAUUACUUUGUCAGUGUCACCAUCCCCACAGACAAGUUAUGCAUCGUCUCCACAGACAAGUUAUGCACCAUCAGCCUCUAGCCAAGGCAUACAUCAGACACCUGUUCAGUCCACAUCAGAAGGGUAUUCUUUUGCUUCCCAAACAUAUCCGGGAAAUCUGUCAUACAACAGUUACGUUGUCCCUUGGGCUCAACCUCAAUCUAAGUCAGAAUUUCAAGCCCAGCCUCAACAACAAUCGUAUCAAUCCCGGUCUCAAUCCCCAACUCCACCCUCAUCUCAUAAUACACAUUAUGAAUUUGAACAACAGCACCAUCAAACGACCCAGCAGGACCGGUCUCAGCCCCAAUCUGAGCAAUUGCAAUCUCAACCAGUACUACAAUCCCCACAUGUAUUGCACCAACAACCUCAACAUAAUCAAUAUAGCUCUCAUCAACAACAUUUGCAACCUCAUAAUGAACAGCAACCUCUACAGUAUCAGCCGCAGCACCAAACACUGCAAUCUCAACCCCAACAGCAUUCACAGUAUCAGCCCCAAACGGUACAAGGUCAUCAGCCUCAAACUCAACCUCAGCAACAAUUUCAGAAUCAACCUCAGCAACAGCAACAAUUUCAGAAUCAACCUCAGCCACAGCAACAAUUUCAGAAUCAACUUCAGCAACCGCAACAAUUUCAAAAUCAACUUCAGCAACCGCAACAAUUUCAGAAUCAACCUCAGCAACAAUUUCAGAAUCAACCUCAGCAACAGCAACAAUUUCAGAAUCAACCUCAGCCACAGCAACAAUUUCAGAAUCAACUUCAGCAACCGCAACAAUUUCAUAAUCAACUUCAGCAACCGCAACAAUUUCAGAAUCAACAUCAUCAAUACCCUGCAAGAUAUCCUCCCCCACCAUGGGCAGCUACACCUGGAUAUGCCAACUAUCAAAAUCACUCUCCUGCUACAAAUUUGAUUUCAACACAAGCCAAUACAACAGUAUCGUAUCCUUUAGCUCCAGGAGUAAGGACGCCCGUGCUACACAAUAAUUCAUUAUCUGCCAGAGGUGGUGUCGGUGGAACUCCUGCAAGUGCAACUGGACAAAAGACUUUUGUUCCAUCUUAUAGGCUAUUUGAAGAUUUGAAUGUUUUCGGAAACACAGAUGGAAAGGUCAGUGGUUCAUCAUCUGGCUUGUCAGGGACAAUGGGACCUGGUAUGAUUGGUGGGCGUAAGUGAAGUGUUGUCUUAUGUAAAAAAAUGUAUUGAUAUACUGUAAAAAAUGGGACCAGAAGUAUUGUUUGCAGCUUCUCAUUUGCAUCUUAUGGAAGCUCUCUAGAUCGAUACAAGUGACUCUUCCUAUUCUGAGUAACAACAGAUCAUAAAGUUAAGCUGAGUCUUACCUCAGACGACAGACUUUGAACAUUCUUUGAUGUAAUAUUUUAGUUUCUUGUAGUGGUUUUCGUACUUAUGUUCA